AUGAUGGCCUCGACAGCCGAAGCCACUCCUCCCACCACUGCCACCGCUGCAGCGAACGGAUCUGCCCCCUCGACUGCCGCGGCCACCGCGCCUGCAGGCGUCGACCAACAAGCUCCUGCACGCGGCAUACCCUAUUACGAAAAGCUAAGACGGGAGCUGCGAGAUACCCUGCAGAAGAAACGCCUGAUGGACAAGAACAUGGCUGCGCUGGAAGAGUCGAUAUACCGCUUCGAACAGUCCUAUCUCGAAGAGACGGGCGCAGGAAAUAUAAUCAAGGGCUUCGACAACUACAUCAAGGGCGCAUCUAGCCUGUCUAGCAUAGGAGGAAGCGGGAUCGGAGCCUCGUUUGGUUCUGGAAACGGUCCGACAACCAGGCGGAAGGGUCAGGUGGCGGACUCAGAUAGGGUGUUUUCCAGGAGCUCUGCCAGUUUUAUGAGGGACUCCCCUGCUCCGUCGAGUGCGCAUACGACGCCCUCUCAUGCUCAAACUCCUACUUCUACAGGGCCAGGCUACAAGGGUACGGAGAGUAAAGAUACCUUGGCCGGGGGCGGCAACAAGGCGGCCUUAAACAAGAAGAGCAAUAGGAAAUCUGUUGGAGACGCUUCGUCGAGCAGGCGAGAUCGGGAGGCGGGUGACGAGGGUGAUAACAAGCAACCUCUAAAGAGGUUGAAGAUUACAUAUGUUAGAGGGGAGUGA